AUGUGGCGGCACAUGAGACCGGUAGCCCGCCGAUUUAGGAUCUCGGACGGACGACGUGCCGCAUCGACUGAGAAGCCCAAGGUUGUCUUCUCAGGUAUUCAACCCACGGGAACGCCCCAUUUGGGCAACUACGCUGGCGCCAUUCGGCAAUGGGUGCAGCUCCAGAGCGAGCCGACCGACCUCUGCAAGCUUAUCUAUUCUGUCGUUGACCUACACGCUAUCACUGUACCUCAACAAGCGAAGCAGCUGAAGCAAUGGAAGAGGGAGACGCUGGCCGCCCUGUUAGCUGCUGGUAUCGACCCCGAACGCUCGACACUGUUUUAUCAAUCUUCCGUCUCGGCUCACUCGGAACUCAUGUGGAUUCUCAGCUGUACAGCUUCUAUGGGUUACUUGUCCCGUAUGACGCAGUGGAAGAGCAAGUUGUCGCUCUCUUCUGAUGCUACAAUCCUCGAUGAGGGUGCCAAGGCAUCAUUGAAGCUUGGCUUGUUCUCUUAUCCAGUUCUGCAGGCUGCAGAUAUCCUCGUUCAUCGUGCCACACAUGUCCCUGUAGGCGACGAUCAGAGGCAGCACCUCGAGUUUGCUCGUGAAUGUGUGACCAAUUUCAACCACAACUUUGGCCCGCACCUCGUGCCCCCGGAGACCAUCACAUCUACGGCUCGGCGGGUCAUGUCGCUUCAGCAACCUACGCAGAAGAUGUCAAAAUCAGCUGCUGACCCCAGGUCACGCAUCCUCAUCACCGACACGCCGGACGAGAUUCACAAAAAGAUCAUGUGCGCCCGGACCGACUCCUCAAAUCACAUUUCUUAUGAUCCGGACAACCGGCCCGGGGUGUCAAAUUUGUUGGAAAUACUGUCAAUUUUCGACGCCCAGGGAAGAAAACCGGCCCAGCUGGCCGAAUCUCUUUCUCAAGAGUCCCUUAAAGACCUCAAGCAGGCCGUUUCUGCAGCUGUCGUCCAGGGGCUUGACGGAAUUCGUGAGCGUUACUUUAACUUUUUAUCAGCCGACGAGGGAAAAUAUCUCGACGCUGUCGAGGCACAGGGGGCCAAGAAGGCCCGUCUCAGCGCCGAGGAAACCAUGGCCGCCGUACGAGUAGCCACUGGGCUUUGA